AUGACCGCUGAAUGGCGAGUGGAUCCAAAACCUAGUGUAAUAAAAUGGACACCAAGGGAAAACAUCUGCUCAGACUUCUACACCGAAUGCUGGAAUAUGAAUAAAAGUAUUACUGGGGAGAUCUCAGAAGAAGAAAAUCUCAGUAUCUCUCAGGUAUGCCCCUUACAGCUCCAAUUAGGUGACAGUCUCUUCAUCUCCUCUGAGCCAUCCUUUCAGUCCUAUGGAAUGAAUUUGGUAAACGUCUCCAAGGAAGAGUUUAUUAACUGCCCUAAAGCUGGUUUUCUUCAAGAGCAGUUGAUUUUUGUUUGCCAGAUAAGAGGACUGCACCAAGUUGACCCUAACUGGCUUGGUGUUGGAACUCAUUACUUUGCAGAGCUUCAUAAGAGAGGCCCACUAUUGUGCAGCAUGGGCCUUCGUUUGAACGUAACUGUGAAGCAGCAGUUUUGCCAACAGUCUCCAAACGCACCAUUAUGCUCUGGGCAUGGAAAAUGUCUGAGCCAUGUUUGGGAAAAAGCGUAUAAUUGCCAUUGUUUCUCACAGUAUUCUGGAAGAUUCUGCCAGAAGUUUGAUAUGUGCUCCACUAAACCUUGCCACAACAAUGCCUCCUGCACUGAGAAAUCAGAACUUUCUGGAGAUUCUUAUGAAUGCAUGUGUCCUCCACAAUUUUCAGGUAAAAAUUGUACAGAAAUAGUUGGACAGUGCCAGCAACAUACAUGUUUCAAUGGUAACUGCAGCAAUGUUACUCCAAACACUUUUCUUUGUGAAUGUGACAAGGGCUUUACAG